GCCGAGCCGAGCCGAGCCGAGCCGGGAGCCGGCGGGUGCCCGUGGGUGCGGCGCGGAAGGUGGGCGAGCGGCGCGGGGAAUGGAGGACCCCAAAAGCAGCCUGGGGGCCGUGUGACAGCCGGCAGCGCUCGCACACACGCAGACGCUCGAAGCGGCCGGGAGCCGGACCCGGUGCAGAGCCGGGCAGCAGCGCCCUGCCCCGUCCCGCGGGGAGCCAGCAUGGAGUAAGAGCAGCGUGCCGCCACCAGAUCUUGGAUCUAAGAGACCUAAGAAGCAUAUUGAUUGGAAUCAUACCAACUAUCCCUUUUUGACCCCGGAAAACAGAAUGAGAAGUCCAAAAGAGAAACAGAGAUGGCCAAAUUGACAGAGUCGAUGACUAACGUACUGGAAGAAGACUCAAUGGAGCAGGACAUAGAGAGCCCUGUCACUAUUCAUCAGCCAAAGUUACCCAAACAAGCUAGAGAGGAUCUGCCAAAAAAUCUAAACAAAGAAUGUGCCAAGAGAAAAAUCCAGAGGUAUGUUAGGAAAGAUGGGAAAUGCAACGUCCACCAUGGGAAUGUCAGAGAGACUUACCGUUACUUGACUGACAUCUUCACUACUUUAGUCGAUCUGAAGUGGAGGUUCAACCUGUUGAUUUUUGUCAUGGUUUACACAGUGACCUGGCUCUUCUUUGGAAUGAUCUGGUGGCUAAUCGCCUACGUGCGAGGAGAUAUGGAUCAUAUAGGGGACAGCACGUGGACCCCAUGUGUCAGCAACCUCAAUGGGUUUGUCUCAGCCUUUUUAUUCUCAAUCGAGACAGAAACCACCAUUGGGUAUGGUUACCGGGUCAUCACGGACAAGUGUCCCGAGGGAAUUAUUCUGCUUUUAGUUCAGUCUGUUUUAGGUUCUAUCGUCAAUGCUUUCAUGGUUGGCUGCAUGUUUGUGAAAAUAUCCCAACCCAAGAAGAGGGCAGAAACCUUGGUUUUUUCUACAAAUGCAGUUAUUUCCAUGCGGGAUGGAAAGCUGUGUCUGAUGUUCCGAGUAGGAGACCUUAGGAAUUCACACAUUGUAGAGGCAUCAAUACGAGCCAAGUUGAUCAAAUCCAAACAGACAAAGGAGGGGGAAUUUAUACCACUCAACCAGACAGAUAUCAACGUAGGUUAUUACACAGGGGAUGAUCGUCUCUUUUUGGUUUCACCACUGAUCAUCAGCCAUGAAAUUAACCAGCAGAGUCCUUUCUGGGAGAUUUCCAAAGCCCAGUUGCCCAAAGAGGAGCUAGAAAUUGUUGUAAUCCUAGAAGGAAUGGUGGAGGCAACAGGAAUGACGUGCCAAGCUCGAAGCUCAUACAUUACGAGUGAGAUCCUGUGGGGCUAUCGUUUCACCCCUGUCCUCACUCUGGAGGAUGGAUUCUAUGAAGUUGACUACAAUAGUUUUCAUGAAACAUAUGAGACCAACACACCAGUUUACAGUGCCAAAGAGCUGGCAGAGAUGGCCAGCCGAGCAGAACUGCCCCUGACUUGGUCUGUUUCCAGCAAGCUGGACCAGCAUGCUGAGCUGGAAACUGAAGAGGAAGAGAAGAAUCAAGAAGACCAAAAUGAAAGAAAUGGUGAUGUGGCAAACCUAGAGAACGAGUCCAAACUGUAG